GCUUAAAAGACUUGGAUGACUUAAAAAAGCUAUUACUAAUUAGGCUUGGCUAUGAUUCCGAAAGAAUGCCAACUGAUUGUGUUGCGGUUCGUCAUCCGAAAAAAGAAAUCUUAGGAGCUUCCACGCCUAUAAGCGAACUGUACAAUGAUGAUAAAUCUGCAUUAGAAGUAACUAUUGUUGGAGAUAGCAAUA